AGGGCUGACUAAGUCCAAAGACUUCCCCCACUGAGUUGCCAUAUGACGAAGAUGCAGCAAGCCCACAUAAAAGGCAGCAGUCAGCAGACUCAGCACACACACGUGGAGGAUGGGAUUGGGCCGUGACCAGGAGGAGUUAGCUCUGAGUGGACUUGAACGACCUGCGUUGUUGUGGAAUCUCUUGCGCUGCAUUAUGCGUCCUGUUUUGUGACUGACGUCGCUCUUUCACUCACUUUCACUAACUCAACAUCACAUUGUUUUCUCUGGUCACCAGCUGCAUUCAUUACCGAAUGCAAGCAUCAUCAUGUCUAUCAGAACUAUCUUCUUCUUUGUGGUCUCACUCUCCAAACGUUUCCAGUGCAUGGACAGUGAACUUUGCUUCCCAGUCAGAUUGGAUAACAAUGACAGUAGGGAUUCAGACAACGACGUCCAUGUAGGGAGUGGAAAAUGUAUCCUAAAGAUACGAGCUUUGCAGCAGGAACUGCUGAUCGAUUUACAUCAAGACUCUUCAUUCAUUGCUCCUUCCAUGUUCUCCAACUCCGAUGUCACCACUGAUUUGAGACAAUGUUUUUACUCUGGAUAUGUGAAUGCUGACCGCUAUUCAUAUGCCGCUUUGAGCCUCUGCAAGGGUGUACACGGUGUUUUUGGAUUUCAAGGAUGGGAUUAUUUUAUCAGCCCGGUGCAAAAUGAAAGUAUAGGAGGCGCUCACAUGUUACAGCGAAGAAUUAGCGACAAGCUGAAGCUCAAUUCUACCUCUAGGUGCGCAGUGGACAGCGACAUGCAUCUACAGGUCGCUCGAUCAUUGGAGAAGUACAAGCAUUUAAAAUAUUACAACAACGUGAACGAAUCGCUGCUGAGGAGGAUAGGGAGAUCCAAAAGGUUCGCCUCAGUCCCCAGAUACGUGGAGACGCUCGUCGUGGCGGACGAGUCCAUGGCGCAGUUCCAUGGAGAUGACCUGAAACGUUACCUCCUGACCCUGAUGUCGGUGACAGCGAGGCUCUACAAACACCCCAGUAUUCUUAACUCCAUCAGCAUCGCAGUUGUGCGGAUCGUGAUUAUAACCGAGGAGGACAAAGGUCCCAGGGUGUCCGCGAACGCAGCCAUCACGCUGCGAAACUUCUGCACAUGGCAAACAAAGAUGAACAAAAACAGCGACAAACACCCAGAUUACUGGGAUACAGCAAUCCUUUUCACGAGACAGGAUCUGUGUGGAGCCUCCACCUGUGACACUCUUGGCAUGGCAGAUGUUGGCACCAUGUGUGACCCCAAGAGAAGCUGUUCUGUGAUUGAAGAUGAUGGCCUGCCUUCAGCCUUCACCACUGCCCAUGAACUUGGACACAUUUUUAGCAUGCCACAUGACAAUGUAAAGGAUUGUGAGGAUGUAUUUGGGAUACUGCAGGACAACCACAUGAUGUCUCCCACACUUAUUCAAAUCAACCGCACCAGCCCCUGGUCUCCCUGCAGUGCUGCUAUCAUCACUGAAUUUCUGGACAGUGGGCAUGGGAAAUGUUUGCUUGACCAGCCUCAGAACCCGCUCACCCUCCCGGACUUGCUGCCGGGAGUAAUCUACACCCUGGAACGUCAGUGUGAACUUGCAUUUGGAGAGGGCUCCAAGCCUUGUCCUUUCAUGCAUCCACCAUGCGGUCGUCUGUGGUGCACAGGAAAGUCUAAUGGCCAUUUGGUGUGCAUGACUCGACACUUCCCCUGGGCAGAUGGCACUAGCUGUGGGGUUGGAAAAGUGUGCGGCAAAGGUGUCUGCUCUGACAAAUGGGUCCAAAAUAUGAAGGUGGAUGGCCGCUGGGGUAAGUGGGGCACAUUUGGUUUCUGCUCACGCACAUGUGGAGGUGGUGUCCAUUUGUCUAAAAGAGAGUGUAACAACCCAGCUCCAUUAAAUGGUGGUAAAUACUGCCAAGGGGUUCGGGUCAAAUACCGCUCCUGCAACUUGAACCACUGUCCUGACACAGGUAUAACUUACCGUGAAGAGCAGUGUGAGAGCAGUGGCCGGUUAUUCAACAGUAACGGCAUAGCUCCCUCUGUGGUGUGGAUACCAAAGUAUUCUGGAGUGUCACCUGAUGACAGAUGUAAACUCAUUUGCAGAGCUAAUGCCACUGGCUACUUCUAUGUUUUGGCACCCAAGGUAGUAGAUGGGACCCCAUGCUCCCCAGACUCCACAGGAGUGUGUGUCCAAGGAAGGUGCAUCAAGGCUGGCUGUGAUGGAAAAAUUGGCUCCAACAAGAAGUAUGAUAAGUGUGAAAUCUGUGGCGGUGAUAACAAGGGCUGCAAAAAGGUGUCAGGACUCUUCACAAAGCCUGUGCAUGGCUACAACUUUGUGGUUAUGUUGCCAGUGGGUGCAGCCAACAUAGACAUCCGUCAGCGAGGCUACAAGGGAAUGAUGAGUGAUGACAACUAUUUAGCCGUAAAGAACAGCCAGGGCUAUUACCUUCUCAAUGGGAACUACAUUGUAUCUGCUGGAGAAAGGGACAUCAUGGUAAAAAAUAGCCUGCUGCGCUACAGUGGCACUGCUGGCCUCUCUGAGACCCUGCAGGCUGUGAAGCCUUUAGGAGAAACUCUGAUUGUGGAAGUAUUGUGUGCAGGCAAGAGGACGCCUCCUAGAAUCCGUUACUCCUUCUACCUUGCUCGUCAGACAAAGGGGGACAAGACUCUGAGGAAGGAGGGGCAUAUAAACUUCCAUAACAGUGUCCUGGCGAAGGAUAAAGCCACCGAAAAGGGAGGAGACACUCUGAAGGAGUCUUACAGCAAGGAUACAGCUUUUGGGAAAUGGAUAUCGACAGGCUGGGAUGAGUGCUCAGUGACCUGUGGUAGUGGUAUCCAGAGGCGCAUGGUGGAGUGUCAGAGACAGGAUGACAAUCCAGGGUUGGACUGUGACUCUUCACUAAGACCCUCAUCCUCCAGGGUUUGUGGAGACCCAUGUCCUGAGUGGCAUAUCGGGCUGUGGUCACCUUGCUCCAGAACCUGUGGGAAGGGCUUCAAGAGACGACCAUUGCAAUGCAAAACCCAAUCAGGGCAUCUCCUCCCACGGGACCACUGCUCUGGCUUACACAAACCACAGGAGCUGGACUUCUGUAAUGAAAGGCUUUGCUAGUGACUAAAACCAUUGAACUACAAAUGCUGGUCCCAAAUUGCCCAGCUGCAAGUAUUAUGAACACCAUCUUUUCUUGAGACUGUUUUAGUUGAGACUGUUGACCUCAUGACUCAGGAAACUUGCUUCUUGUCACUCUUAAUUUAAAGGACUGUUAGAAUGACCUAGGUGUAAUUCUAAUAGCAAAAUAAUACAAAAUGAUUCAGUAAAAUCCAUUUUACUGUCAGAUAAGUUUAUUUGUCCCACAGUGGGGAUAUUUACAUUGUCACAGCAGCAAUACAGUAAAGAUGAAGAUAAUAAAUAUGAAUCUUCAAGAAAGUACACUAUAGAAAGAUAUUAACAAUUAGACUAUAAAAAACGUAAAAAAAAAGAAUGUACAUUACAUAGACAGUUUCCAGAUUAUAUACAAUAUGGGCUCGAUAUCUACAGUAUAAACAGAAAUUGAACGUGUGAUAUUAUAUGUAUAUUGCACUUAAAAAUGUGUAAAAUCACAGUAUUUCACGUGGGAUGAAUAGCCUGCUAAUGUGUGGUCUACUGAGAGCAGUGCUUGUUGUAGAGUCUAACAGCUGCAGGCUGCAGGGAGGAACGACCUGUGAUAACGCUCCUUCAGACAUUUAGGAUGAGGUGGGAGACAUUGUCCAUCAGAGAUAGUAUAGCUUAGCAGUCAUUCUCCUCUCCCACCACCUCCACUGGACCAAGGGGACAUCCAAGGACAGAGCUGGCUCUUUUAAUCACUCCUGUCCAGCCUCUUCCUGUUUGCAGCUGUGAUACUACUGCCCCAGCAGACCACUCCAAAAAAGAUGGCUGAUGCCACUACUGAGUCAUAGAAGGUCUUAAGGAGUUCUCCCUGAACUCCAAAAGACCUUAGUCUCCUCAACAGGUAGACUCUGCACUGACCCUUCCUGUAAAGUGCAGCAGUAUGAUCAGACCAGUCCAGUUUAAUGUUUAUGUGAACACGCAGGUACUUGUUGCCAUUUUAAUGUCCAUUUCCUCGAUGUUCACCGGUGUUGGAAGAGAGUGUCGACUCCUGCAGAAAUCCACCACCAGUUCCUCAGCAAAUGCAGAAUACCCAUUUUUAAUUUUAGCGUAUGGGUCAUGAUCCCAUUUUAUUUUCUAACAAUGUAAAUGAAAAUGAAAAUAUGACAAGGUUUACAAAACUUUGUACCAAGUCGACUAAAAUUUCAUAUCUGUAUGCUGCACAACACUUCAUUUGCCCUUCACUGGUCAUCAAGCCCAUGUUUUUGAAAAUGAUUUACACAUACAGUUAUUAACUUGUGUUUAUCUGGUCCAAUUGUAUACAUUUGAAUCAGUUACAUAGCAGCUGUAUUGUAAUAACUGUAGAAAUACAAGUUGAUGGAACAAAUUAUAUUUCUUCAGUAACAGCCACUAUAUCAUUAUUUAGCAUGCUUUAGUAAACUAUUAAAGUUUCACAUACACAAGCAAUGGAGCAGACAUUUCUUAUUGUCACGGUGCUCUCCUUGUAAAAUAGGAAGACAUCUCCUGCCUUCAAGACAAACUGACCGCACUCAUGGAAACAGUUCAAACUCAAAUCUGAGCUCAGAACAAACCAAAAAAAAAAAAACAUAAUAUAGGAAACACUGAGCUGUGGUUUGCUUCUCAUUAGCUAGUGUGACUGCUUGGUCAGGGAUUUAAUUCGGCUACACCCAAAACUGUACAGCUCUCUUGAGAUUAUCCUGAAAUCUCAGAUUUCACACACUUAUCACAUGUACUGUGUUCAAUGGGUUGAUUGCUUCCUUCAUCUGACUAUGAUUGUCUCCUCGGUUCAAUAGUGUUUAGCAAGUUGUGAGGCCUGUCUGUUACUGUUAGCACAGAUAAUGUAUUACCAGUGAAACGAUAAAACUGAGGGAAAGCAAAACAAGCCCUUUGUAAUACUGUGCAGAAUAUGUGGUUUCCAGGAGUUCCUUGUUCAAGGCCCCACAGCCUGAACCAAGAUGCCCCCUUUAUAUACUUAAUGAAAUUCUAUAACCUAUUAUAUUCUUUUUUUGUUUUUUCAUGGGUGACAUUGUUCAGUCCAACAUCCAGCUACAGGAUGGAUCCUGUAUGGUUGGAUUACAUUUUUCUACAAGCUUUUGCACUGUGUACAGCUAAAUGAACCACUGACAUACACAGGCUGUACUGUAUACUAUGUAUACAUUUAUUGAGCUCUGAGCAAAUAAUCUUCUUUUACAAACAUUUGUAAUUGCCUUUGAUUUCAGUAUAUUUAUUCAAAAAAUAAAGCCAUUAAAAUCA